AUGCAGCUGCUACAGGCCCUGGCAGGGGUCCUAGCCACACUCAUCUUCGCCCAGGCCUGUGAGGGCACUGCCCCAGCCUCCCCCAGGGCGGUGGAGACCUCAGUUCUUCAGGGCUGCAUAGCGGAGGCCAAGGUGCUGGUGGAUGCUGCCUACAAUCGGACCCAGAAAAGCAUCAAGCAGCGGCUUCGCAGUGGCUCGGCCAGUCCCAUGGACCUCCUGUCCUAUUUCAAGCAGCCAGUGGCGGCCACCAGGACAGCUGUGAGGGCCGCUGAUUAUCUGCACGUGACCUUGGGGCUACUGAAAGAGAAGUUAUGGCCCUGGGACUCCAGCCCCUUCAAUGUCACUGAUGUGCUAACGGAACGCCAGCUGUACCUGCUGUCCCAGGCCAGUGGCUGUGCAGUCCAGGAGCAGGCAGAGAAGUGCAGCGACAAGUACCGCACCAUCACCGGCCGAUGCAACAACAAGAAGAGACCCUGGCUGGGGGCCUCCAACCAGGCCCUGGCACGCUGGCUGCCGGCCGAGUACGAGGAUGGGCUGUCGCUUCCCUUCGGCUGGACCCCCGGCAAGAGGCGCAACGGCUUCCUCCUCCCUCUUGUGCGGGCUGUCUCCAACCAGAUCGUGCAGUUCCCCAGCAACAGGCUGGCCUCAGACCCUGGCCGGGCCCUCAUGUUCAUGCAGUGGGGCCAGUUCAUCGACCACGACCUGGACUUCUCCCCAGAGUCUCCAGCCAGAGUGGCCUUUACUGCGGGUGUGGACUGUGAGAAAACCUGUGCGCAGCUGCCCCCUUGCUUCCCCAUCAAGAUCCCGCCCAACGACCCUCGCAUCAGGAACCAGCGCGACUGCAUCCCCUUCUUCCGCUCGGCGCCCGCCUGCCCCCGGAACAAGAACAAAGUCCGCAACCAGCUGAACGCACUCACCUCCUUCGUGGACGCCAGCAUGGUGUACGGCAGCGAGGUCUCCCUGUCCCUGCGGCUCCGCAACCGGACCAACUACUUCGGACUGCUGGCCGUCAACCAGCGCUUCCGCGACAACGGCCGGGCCCUGCUGCCCUUCGACACCCUGCGCGACGACCCCUGCCUCCUCACCAACCGCUCGGCGCGCAUCCCCUGCUUCCUGGCAGGUGACUCCCGGUCAACGGAAACCCCCAAACUGGCGGCCAUGCACACCCUCUUUAUGCGUGAACACAACCGACUGGCCACCGAGCUGAGACGCCUGAAUCCCGGGUGGACUGGAGACAAGCUGUACCAGGAGGCACGCAAGAUCGUAGGGGCCAUGGUCCAGAUCAUCACCUACCGAGACUUUCUACCUCUGGUUCUGGGCAAGGCCCGGGCCAGGAGGACCCUGGGGUCCUACAGAGGGUAUUGCGCCAACGUGGACCCGCGCGUGGCCAAUGUCUUCACCCUGGCCUUCCGCUUCGGCCACACCAUGCUCCAGCCCUUCAUGUUCCGCUUGGACAGCAGAUACCAGGCCUCAGCACCGAACUCCCACGUGCCGCUUAGCUCUGCCUUCUUUGCUAGUUGGCGAAUCGUGUACGAAGGUGGCAUCGAUCCCAUCCUGCGCGGCCUUAUGGCCACCCCUGCCAAACUGAACCGCCAGGACGCCAUAAUGGUGGAUGAGCUCCGGGACCGGCUGUUCCGGCAAGUGAGGAGGAUCGGGCUGGACCUGGCGGCUCUCAACAUGCAACGCAGCCGGGACCACGGCCUCCCAGGCUACAAUGCUUGGAGGCGCUUCUGCGGGCUCUCCCAGCCUCAGAAUUUGGCACAGCUUAGCCGGGUGCUGAAAAACCAGGACUUGGCAAGGAAGUUCCUGAACCUGUAUGGGACUCCUGCCAACAUUGACAUCUGGAUCGGGGCUGUGGCAGAGCCUCUCCUGCCGGGGGCCCGAGUGGGGCCCCUGCUGGCCUGUCUAUUUGAGAACCAGUUCCGAAGAGCCCGAGAUGGAGACAGGUUCUGGUGGCAGAAGCAAGGUGUUUUCACCGAGAGACAACGCAGGGCCCUGAGCAAGAUUUCCUUGUCUCGAAUAAUAUGCGACAAUACCGGUAUCACCACUGUUUCACGGGACAUCUUCAAGGCCAACAUCUACCCCCAUGGCUUUGUGAGUUGUAGCUGUAUUCCCAGGCUGAACCUGUCCGCCUGGCGAGGCACAUGA